UGCCCUCUGUUCAUGACUCACAACCCUUUUCUACGUUUUCCCUCACUCAUCAGAACUCACACAAGGCACACUCCCCUUUUAGUGCCUUACCUUUACCAUUUCUUGAUUACCCAAAUGUUCCUUUCUUGUUCUUCACCUAACCGCACAGGUUCUUUCUUCCCCUGUCCUCAACAAUGGCAGCUUCUCCAGCCUUAUUCAGGAAUCCCCAUUGCCGAGUUCCGCAUCAAAAACCUGCAAGUAAGUCUUACUCAGACUUGUUCUGUAAGUCCCUGAUCGUUAUUCUUGUUCUUCUUGUUAUACCCUUGUUUCCUGCACAAGCUCCUGAUUUUAUUAGCCAAUCUAUAUUGAGUAAGUUCUGGGAACUUUUUCACCUUCUGGUUAUUGGGAUUGCUGUUUCUUAUGGCUUGUUCUGUAGAAAAUGUACCAAUAUUGAGGUCGAUAAUCAGCCUAGAAAUGAUUAUAGUCCUCAUGCAUAUUUCCCCGGGGUAAUGAAUGUAUCUUCAUUUUUUGAGGAUGGGUGUGAAGAUAUGUGCAACUCCGAUGAGACAAAGAGUACCCAAAAUUGGGAUUUUAUGUACUUGAAAAAUGAAUCAAUGAGUAAAGCAAGGCCUUCAGUAGAUGAUGGUAAAAAGAUUAGAUCUUUGAAGUUUGGAAACGGCGUUAAGUACAUUUAUGAGCCUGAUAAGGAAAACGUUGGCCAUAUUUGGAAUUCUCAGUAUUUUCAAGGGGAAAAUUUGGUGGUUGUGGCUGAUGGGAACUAUGCUUCUGAUGAACAUAAACCCUUAGGUCUUCCUGUCAGGAGCCUUAGGUCAAGUAUUGGUGAUGCUGAGAAAACUGAGUUUGGCCCGAGUAAUGCAUCAUCUACGAGUUUGAAGGAUUCUUUCGGUGAUUAUACUAAGGGUAAGGUUCAGAAAUUCAGAAGUCCGGUUACUAUUAAUUUGGAGGAGGAGUUUGAUGAAGUCGCUGGACCUUCCACCAUCCGCUGGCAGUCAAGAUCUGAUAGGAUGGAAAUGAGAGAAGAAGUUGGUAAUGUUCAACCCCCAUGCCAUUGUAGGAAUCACUCUGGUGGGAAUUUUGAGAUUGAGAAUGUUAAGUCAAGGUCAGUCAGGCAUCCGUUAUCUUCAGGAACCAGUUCUGUUUCGCCCCAGCCGUCAAACUGGAAAACUGAAAAUGUGGAGCCAAAAAAAGAUCUCAAGGCUUUCUUGGACAUGUUUUCACGGACAACUGUAGCAUCUGUGGAUGAUGGUGCAUCAGUUCCUACUAAGGCCAGGGGAUUUAGCAUUGGAUCCUCCAGGGAGCUGGACAUGCCGACUUCUAAAGGCUACUUUAAUGAUUCUAAUAUAAGUGCAAUGCAAGAUAUGUUGGACAGAGGGAAGAAAGGUAGGGACUCUAUGAAAUCAGAUGCUAAACCUUCAAACUUAGCUAAGGUUCUACAGAGGGGAAGAUCCGUUAGAACAAUCAGAUCUAGUUUAUCUGCUUCUGAUGAACUGAAAACGAAGGAGAAGAAUUCGAGUCAAAUAGAUGACAAUGUUGCACCGAGGAGUGACCAACCUGAAGCACCCAUCUUGGCAAAGAAAGUGAGAGGAGGAGAAACAAAAGAUCCCCCAGUCCACACCCAAAAGCACAAUUCCAGGAAGGUGCAUCCUGUGCCAAAGGAGACAUUCUCUGAGUUUCUGAGUGAUGAAAAACAGGACACUGCUGAUAGUGCUUUGCCACUUGAAAGUGACUUGCAGUUGGAGGGUGAGCCUGAAGAUUGUGAAGAAAGUUCAGAUGAUAAGGAAUCAGAAACAGACCUAGUAGAUAACUCAGGAGCUGAAGGAAGUGAGGUUGAUAGGAAAGCUGAUGAAUUUAUAGCCAAGUUUAGGGAGCAAAUGAGGCUUCAGAAGAUUGCAUCAGUCACAAAGGCAUAGCUGUGGAGCCUAGUAGCAAAGGCUUUGCAACACAAGUGGAGGAAUUAAGAUUAUGGAUAUUUGUAGGCUUCGUUCGUCAAAUCAUGAGUAGCUGCGGCAAUUUAAUGUGACCUGUGGUGCCCAGAUUGGGUUCGCCUGGUGGUUUGCACCUUAAUCACACUUUGGUGCACAUCAGAUGGCAGUUAAACAGAUAUACGGAAAUUGGUAGUUAGUAGUCUGGGUAAGCUGUAGUCUUGCGCUGACACUGAAUAGCAGGAAGCUGUCUUUUUUCAGCUCAUUUUCCAUCUACUUGUUAUUACCCUGUAGUUAAAGCAUAGUGGCAAACCUCAUAUUUGAUCGAUAA